AUGAGCAGAAGCAUAACAGAAACAAUUCUAGAUCGUUUGCGUUGCGGUCACCCAAACCUUUUAUUCAACUUAUGGUUGCUGUUUUUUGAUGAAACGCCCUUAACGGGCAAUUAUUGUAUUCGCCAUAGAACCUCACAUAAUAUUCUCUGUCUGGAGCUUUAUAGUAAAUGCAACACAAGAGCAUGGAAUCCUGUACACACCAGAAUAGUCAACACUAGCGUAGCUUGUACCGGUCUUUACUUCGCGCCGAAACGCUUUUUCGCCCUUGAGGCGCGUGAAUCUCUUGCCCGAGACUCACGAGCUCGAGUCUCGCGAGCUUUUGAUGCGCGAGAGUCACGAGGGCCCUGGCGGGGGUUUGCCGGUUGCUCUUCUAAAUCGGGCUGGGGUAGAACCACUCUAACGUUGUUCAGAGAAGUGUCAUCGAUUCCGAUAGUUGGAUGA